AGACAGUACCUCCUCCCUAGGACUAUACAAGGACUGAACCAGAAGGAGGAGGACAGAGCAGAGCCAUGAACAUCAUCCUAGAAAUCCUUCUGCUUCUGAUCACCAUCAUCUACUCCUACUUGGAGUCGUUGGUGAAGUUUUUCAUUCCUCAGAGGAAAAAAUCUGUGGCUGGGGAGAUUGUUCUCAUUACUGGAGCUGGGCAUGGAAUAGGCAAGCAGACUGCUUAUGAAUUUGCAAAACGACAGAGCAUACUGGUUCUGUGGGAUAUUAAUAAGCGUGGUGUGGAGGAAACAGCAGCUGAGUGCCGAAAACUAGGCGUCACUGCGCAUGCGUAUGUGGUAGACUGCAGCAACAGAGAAGAGAUCUAUCGCUCUCUAAAUCAGGUGAAGAAAGAAGUGGGUGAUGUAACAAUCGUGGUGAAUAAUGCUGGGACAGUAUAUCCAGCUGAUCUUCUCAGCACCAAGGAUGAAGAGAUUACCAAGACAUUUGAGGUCAACAUCCUAGGACAUUUUUGGAUCACAAAAGCACUUCUUCCAUCGAUGAUGGAGAGAAAUCAUGGCCACAUCGUCACAGUGGCUUCAGUGUGCGGCCACGAAGUGAUCCCUUACCUCAUCCCAUAUUGUUCCAGCAAAUUUGCCGCUGUUGGCUUUCACAGAGGUCUGACAUCAGAACUUCAGGCCUUGGGAAAAACUGGUAUCAAAACCUCAUGUCUCUGCCCAGUUUUUGUGAAUACUGGGUUCACCAAAAAUCCAAGCACAAGAUUAUGGCCUGUAUUGGAGACAGAUGAAGUUGUAAGAAGUCUGAUAGACGGAAUACUCACCAAUAAGAAAAUGAUUUUUGUUCCAUCAUAUAUCAAUAUCUUUCUGAGACUACACAAGUUUCUUCCUGAACGCGCCUCAGCGAUUUUAAAUCGUAUGCAGAAUAUUCAAUUCGAAGCAGUGGUUGGCCACAAAAUCAAAAUGAAAUGAAUAAAGAAGCUCCAGCCAGAGAUGUAUGCAUGAUAAUGAUAUGAAUAGUUUAGAAUCAACGCUACAAAGCUUUAUUUCACAUUUUUUCAGUCCUGUUAAUAUUAAAAACAUUGGUUUGGCACUAGCAGCAGUCAAAUGAACAACAUUAAUUACCUGUCUUCCUGUUUCUCAAGAAUAUUAACGUAGUUUUUAAUAGGUCUGUUUUUCCUUUCAUGCCUCUUGAAAACUUCUAUGCUUACAUAAACAUACUUAAAAGGUUUUCUUUAAGAUAUUUUAUUUUUCCAUUUAAAGGUGGACAAAAGCUACCUCCCUAAAAGUAAAUACAAAGAGAACUUAUUUACACAGGGAAGGUUUAAGACUGUUCAAGUAGCAUUCCAAUCUGUAGCCAUGCCACAGAAUAUCAACAAGAACACAAAAUGAGUGCACAGCUAAGAGAUCAAAUUUCAGCAGGCAGCUUUAUCUCAACCUGGACAUAUUUUAAGAUUCAGCAUUUGAAAGGUUUCCCUAGCCUCUUCCUUUUUCAUCAGCCCAAAACGGUGUAACUCUAUUCUGGACUUCAUUGCUUGAUUCUGUCUUCUGUAUAACUCUUAAGUCCACCAAAAGUGAACCCUCUAUAUUUCCUCCCUUUUUAUCAUCUUAUAAGAUACAUUACUAAAGGUGACCGACUCUUUUUUAAAUCUGAGAAUUUUAAGUUCUAGCCCCAUGAUAACCUCUUUCUUUGUAAUUUAUGUUUUCAUAUAUCUUUGGUCCCAGAGAUGUUUAGACAAUUUUAGGCUCAAAAAUUAAAGCUAACACAGGAAAAGGAACUGUACUGGCUAUUACAUAACAAACAAUGGAUCCAAGAGAAGAAAAAGAAGAAAGAAAGGUUUUUUUGUUUUUUUGUUUUGUUUUGGUUUGGUUUUUGUUUUUGUUUUUGUUUUUGUUUUUUUUGAGACGGAGUCUCGCUCUGUCGCCCAGGCUGGAGUGUAGGGUGCGAUCUCAGCUCACUGCAAGCUCCGCCUCCUGGGUUCACGCCAUUCUCCUGCCUCAGCCUCCCGAGUAGCUGGGACUACAGGCGCCCACCACCAUGCCCAGCUAAUGUUUUGUAUUUUUCGUAGAGACGGGGUUUCACCAUGUUAGCCAAGAUGGUCUUGAUCUCCUGCCCUUGUGAUCCACCCACCUCGGCCUCCCAAAGUGCUGGGAUUACAGGCAUGAGCCACCGCACCCGGCCUUUUUUUUUUUUAAUAGAAAAAAUAAUCUGACUCCCACUACAUCAAGACUAAUCCUGCUCCGUGUGUUUUUCACAUAUAUUAUAGAAUGCUUUUGCAUGGACUAUCCUCUUGUUUUUAUUAAAAACAAAUGAUUUUUUAAAAGUCACUAACAAAAACAAUUCACUAAAAAUAAAUAUGUCAUUAUGCUUUAAAAAAAUAACCUCUUGUAGUUAUAAAAUAAAACGUUUGACUUCUAAUCUCUG